UCCUUCCAUCUCUUCUUAAGCUCUGCUCACUCUCUGUUCCCAGACAUCUCGUCUCAUCGUGUUGACCUACAGCCCUCAUCUGAGCCGUCGAACCGAAAGUCUCUCUCUCGUUCGCAGCCGUGAGAUCUCGCUGGUCGGAGAUGAUUCAGCUACUGUUCACGGUGAUAUUCACCGAAAUGGCUAUGAUCAUGGUGCUCCUCUUCAAGACUCCACUGAGGAAGCUGGUGAUCAUGGGGCUGGAUCGAGUGAAGCGCGGUCGAGGCCCUAUUAUGGUGAAGACGGUGGCGGCAACGGUGCUGGUGGUGCUGAUCUCGAGUGUGUACAGUAUGAUGAAGAUCCGGAAGCGUGGGAUCGAUGAUGAUGUUGUUAAUCCCACGGAUCAGGUUCUGAUGGCCAAGCAUCUUCUGGAGACUUCGCUUAUGGGAUUCACCCUCUUCCUUGCACUAAUGAUAGACAGACUACACCACUACAUCAGAGAACUCCGUUUAAGAAGGAAGAGCAUGGAAGCUAUAAAGAAACAAAACCGAGGCUUUGAGGAUGGAAAAACUGGUGGUUCAGCAGAAAUCAAAGCCAUGGAGGAAGAGAUGGCAGCAUUAGGGGCAAAGCUUAAGCAGCUGGAAUCUGAAAUUGAGACAAAAACAAAAGAAGCAAAGGCUGCAGAAACCAAUGCCGUGGCUCUGAGGAAACAAUCUGAAGGCUUCCUUCUUGAAUACGACCGUUUGCUUGAGGAAAACCAGAAUCUUCGGAACCAGUUGCAGUCAUUAGACCGAAGAUUGUCACAUUCUGGUAGCAAGAAGAACACAUAAGAAACCAGUCACAUAAUUGUGAACAAGUUUUUGUAUUUGCUUUACUUUUUCACAGUACUUGGUUGGAAGUUCUGUAAUGUGUUUGUUCAUUACUGAUUAAUUGACAUCCAUACAAAGGUUGAGAAUAUUUGCAAAAGUUCAAAAAAAAAAAAAAAAAUUAAAAUUUGGGGUGGGGAGUAGGAGUGAUUUGGGGGUUGUGUCAAUUGAUUUAUGUAGCUGAGUGCUGAAGUAGAGUUAAUUAGAUUUUCUCCUCAAUAGUCAAGAAAUUGUUACUUCUGA